UUUAUCGUCGUGUACACAUUAUUACAUUUAUGGUAUUGCACUGUCGAUAUUUGAAGUAACACAAUUAUUUAUACAUACAUAUAUAUAUAUAUUAUGAUAAAUCGUUAUUUUCUGUCCGUUCUGCGUUUUAUCUAAUUUGACGGCGCCGAUUAUUGUUGACUGCCGUCUUUUGUGUGCCAUUCACCGUAACGCUCUUUGUACUCCCCUGCUAUUGUGCACCAGACCCCCCGGCGUGUCGUCUCGAUUUCCUUCUCCGCUCUCAACGUCACCGCUCGAAUCGCUUUGAGUGCGUUUUCGUUCCGCCGACCAGUACCAGUCUAUUCCGUCGACCGCACUUGUCUGCAUUAUUGUUUCCGCGUCCGUCGGCCAUUACUAACGCACAGAUAUCAAGAUGAGCACUAAAUUGUUUGCAAUUUGUGUGACAACUAUCCUCUGUGUAGGAUAUGUUGCUGGUGAAUAUUGUUAUAAUGAUGUUGUUGGUGCAUGCAGCCCAGUUGGAGGAGAAGUUCAAAACUGUAAUUCAAGAUAUGGAGCUUUCAAGGGUGAUGAAUUAUUAGUAAAUGUACAGGGUUAUGCCAACACACAUAUUUUGCGUAGUUUUCAAUUCUUGCUAAUGUCUUCUCAUUUUGGUAACUUUGAAAAGAACCGUGGUGGUUUUGAAAAGCUUUACAGACAAUUGUCUGACAAUACGUGGGAACAAGCAAUUGAUCUUGUGAAGUUUAUUGGUAAACGAGGAGGACACAUGAACUUCCGCGCACGUAAAGAAGAGAAGAAUGAAAAACAAAUUGAUUUUGAAAUGUACGAAUUGGGAAGUAUGGCAAGAGCUUUGGAUAUGCAAAAAGGUUUGGCUGAAGAAGCACAUUUCAUUCAUGCUGAAGUCACACGCAGAAAGGAACAUGAUCCCGAGGUUGCAUCAUACUUGGAGAAUAACUUCGUACAUCAACAUUCUGACAUAAUAAGAAAAUUGUCUGGUCACACCAAUGACUUGAAGCAUUUGAUUGCCAACCAACCCGAUCCAAGCUUGUCCCUUUAUCUCUUUGAUGAAUACUUGCAGAAAUCAUUAUAAGAUAAUUACAUAUGACUGUAUGCCAUUUAUUAUUCUACAAAACUCUAUCAUUAUACUUUUAAUCCCAAUAUUAUUUAGAACAAAACAAAACAAAUAAAAUAAAAUAUAAUUCUAGUAAUUAAGGAAAAUAUUUAUAAUGUAAUUAUUUAUUAAAUCAUAAACAUACGUGAGUUGUCAUUUUUGACAGUUCAAUUUAUUAUUAUCAUUUAUUGAAACAACUUAUUCUUAUUAUUUUGGUUAUUCAUGUGUAAUUCACUUUAAAAUAUUACAAACAAUAAAUUAAUAAAUACUACAAGUCUAAUGAAACUUUCGAGAUUCAAAACAAAAUCCAUUUGACAUAUUUUAUUUUAUUGUUUGAAACUUUUGUAGUAUUUACAUUAUGUGACAUUUUGUUUAUUUAAAUAAAGUAAUAUUUUGUAUCCUU